GAACGAGCAUAGACAUGGAAGAAGCAGGAGGCGCCGCUGGCACCGUCCGGACCGUGUCCCGGCGACUGGUCCGGCCGUCGAUCGGCGACGCGCCGCCGCCGGAGGACAUCCACCUCACGCCGUGGGACCUCCGCUUGAUCAGCGUCGACUACAUCCAGAAGGGCCUCCUCCUGCCCGCGCCUCCCGACGGCGGCGACCGCCUCGUCGGCACCCUCGCGUCGUCCCUGGCGCGCGCCCUGGGCAGGUACUACCACUUGGCCGGCCGUCUCGCCGUCGAGGAGCGGGGCGACGGAACCCUGAACGUCAUACUACGCUGCACCGGGGAGGGCGCCGAGCUCGUCCACGCGACGGCGCCCGGCGUCGCCGUCGCGGACAUCGCCGGCUCGUUGUACACCCCGUCAUGGGUCGUCAGGGCCUUGUUCCCGUCGAACGGGGUGCUUGGCGCGGACGCAGCCAUCGAUUCGCUCCCCGUGCUGUCGGCGCAGGUCACCGAGUUCGCCGACGGCGUCUUCAUCGGCGUGUCGCUGAACCACUCCGUCGGCGACGGCUUCGUCUUUUGGGAGUUCUUGCACGCUUGGUCGGAGAUCAACCGGGGAGGAGGAGCAACCAGAGACCUAAGCGAGAUCUCCGCGCGGGUGCACCGGAGGUGGUUCACCGAUGCCAGCCCCGUGCCGAUCCCCCUGCCGUUCAGCAAGCUGGAGCACGUCGUACGGUGGUUCGACCCCCCGACCGUGCAAGAGUGCUUCUUCACCUUCUCCGCCGCGAGAGUCAAGGAGCUCAAGGCGAGGGCGAACGACGAGAUGGCCGGCACGGCCACUGCCACCAUCUCCUCUCUCCAGGCCCUGCUCGCGCACCUGUGGCGAGCGGUCUCCCGAGCACGGCGCCUCCCGCCGGGGCAGGAGACGUCCUACACCCUGGCCGUCGGAUGCCGAGGCCGUGUAAGCGGCAUACCGCGGGGGUACAUGGGCAACGCGCUAGUGCCCGCCAAGGCGAGCGGUACCGUCGGCGAGGUACUGGGCAAGGGGCUGGGCUGGACGGCAUGGCAGCUGAACCGCGCCAUCGCGUCGUUCGACGAGGAGGCCAUGAGGGAGUGGCUGGAGAGCUGGACUAGGGAGCCGCAGUUCCGGUACUUUGGGAGCCUUAUGUCCGGAGGCGCAGCGCUGAUGACGGGGAGCUCGCCGCGGUUCGACGUGUUCGGGAACGACUUUGGGUGGGGGAAGCCGGCCGCCGUGCGUAGCGGCGGCGGGAGCAAGAUGGACGGGAAGGCGACGGUGUACGAGGGGCCGGAGCGGGGAGGGAGCUUGUCUCUGGAGGUGUGCAUCUCCCCGGACGCGAUGGAGAGGCUCGUCGCCGACGAGGAGUUCAUGGACGCCGUGACGAUGUUGCCGGCCCAACAUGGGUGAUCAAAUUCUAGCUACUCUUACUGGCUUUUCUCAAAAAGAAAAAAAAGCUACUCUUACUGGCCAUUUUCCCAAUGCAUCAUCGAUCAUCUCCGGUCUCGUCGUUCAACAAUCUCACUCUAAUCUUGGCAAAUUUGCACUGACAGAACCAAGUGUUUCGCAUUAAGGUUAUUGCAAGAAUAAGAGAUGUUAUUAGUUCGAAUUUUCUCUUUAUCAUGGAUCAUAGCAACGACCAUGCUUUGUUGUCUGAAGAAGCGAAUGUUGUACUCCUUGUUCAACUUCAGUAACGUGCUAGGACCUAGGAGUGCAGUGUGUAUAAGUGAAUAGGAAGCUAAUUGGGUGUGUGUGUGUGUGGUGGCAGCGUGAGUUUGUAUCGUGAUGCUUGUGGAUCGGUGUUUUAUAUAUGAAGCUGGACGAAAGUCUUUUUCGAUAAUAAAA